AAGGGAAGUCUCUGGGAGGCAGCAGCACCGGCCAGCCCCACAGGACUCAGGGGACCCCAGGCUCUCCCCGAUACCCAACUAAGUGCUUAGGGAACUGAAGGCCAAUGUUUAGAGUGAGGGUCUGCCGGUCUGGGACCCACUUACUGGGGACAGCAGGGCCUAUUUUCCACUCGGCACCCCUGAGGGCCAGAGCCCUCUUUGGGGCGGGGGGUCAGCCAGCCCGGUUCCCAGGCUCUAAUCCUCUCUACCCCCAGCACCUCCAGGCCCUAAGCCACACCAGUCACCUUCCCAACCCUGCAUGGGCAGCCUCCAGACCAUCCUCAGACACCCUCAGGGCUGCCCUGCCCGCCUGGCCAGCUGCUGGGCCCCUGCCGACGUCGCUUCCAGUGGCCUUCCCGGGAUGGGAUGGUGGCUCCCGCAGACCCCGGCGGAUCGACGAGCCGCUGGGCGGGCAGGAGCCGCCGGGCCAGCCCGCCGUCCGAUCGAUCGCGGCCCCGCAAGCCCACCGGGGGUCCAACUUGGCCCUGCAGCCUCCGGGAGCUGCAGGGACGCCUUGGAUGCUCUGGGCCUGAAGCGAUACUGCUGCCGCCGCAUGCUGCUGGCCCACGUGGACCUCAUUGAAAAGCUGCUUAACUACGCGCCCCUGGAGAAGUGACCGUACUGCCCGCAACGCCACAUCUUGCCUAUACAGCACAAGCAGGCAGGGGAAGCCCAAGAUGGAGGUCUCGGAGGAAGCCCCCAAUAAAGCUCUUUGCUGAACCACU